AUGAAACACGAUUUUUCAUCGCGUCUGAAUUGUUCCAUGGGUGCACGGCUGGAAAACGGUGUUUGGGUGCUAAGAAGAAGUGAGCAUGGAUGCAAAUUGAGUGAUUUGGACAUGUACAACUUGCUUUGUUGUGGGUCUAAUGGUCUGGGACAGCUUGGAAUUGGGACAAGAGACGACGUAGAUGUUCUUGAAAAAGCUUUAUUUGAGGUGGAGACCGGUAGAUCCGAAAAUAUUGGAACCAGACCAAUCAAAAUUGCUUGUGGCGGCAACCAUACGGUGGUUUUAAUGGAGAAUGGCGAUGUUUACGGAGCGGGAGAUAACUCCAGUAACCAAUGUGGACUUGAAGAAGAGCGAGAAUACCUAUUUUUUACGAAAAUAAAGGUUGAAAAUUGCAAAUUUGUGCUGUGUGGGUGGGAAUUCACGGUAUUUGUCACCCAAAAUGACGAUAUUUAUACUUGCGGACGAGGUAAUAAGGGAGAGUUGGGCCGUGGCUCUACUGGGGUGUCUUCAAUUACGAAAAUAGCCAAUAUUACAGGAAUUAUCGACCUUCAAUCGUCCCUCACACAUACGGUAAUUCGGACCUCCAAUAAUGAACUAUACGGAUGGGGAACUUGUCGCCGAGGAGAGCUCGGUGUUGUGGAAGGAGCCAAGUUUCUUUGCGAACCUUCAAAGCUUGAUUUUCCCACAAAAAAUUGGAAAUACUAUGCCCUUGGCAGAAAUCGAACUAUUUUCUGCCAUGAAAAAAUAACCAUGAACCUUGAUAAAGAAGACUUGUUUAGUGAGACUGGUAACUCGCUAGCGAACUCGGUUGUGUCCCUUCGUGCUAUGUGGACUUCGGUACAUGUUUCAACAGGCGACCGGAUCGUAUCCACCGGAAACAAUAGCCAUGGUCAAUUGUGCCCACAACAAAUACCGUUCACCGCCAUGGAAACAGGAAGUGAGCACGGAUUACUAGUCACGAAAAACAACAGGGUUUUGGCGUGGGGUUGGGGAGAACAUGGAAAUUGUGGACACACCGACGACGACUCAGUGGUGUACAAUAUGAAUUGCAUCUACGAGGGCCAGCCUCUAAUGGUCGCUGGAGGCUGUGCUACAAGCUGGGUUGUGGCAAAAAAGAAAGAGUGA